UUUCUAACGCAUGCAGUCACGCACCGAGAGGCGAUAAGAGUUCGGGAAUCAUGCUGUACCGAUAUGAGGCAAUGACCUAGCUGCUAUACUACCUUAAGGGAUCGCCAAAUAAAACUAUAGGAUGCAAUGCACCAGGCGAUCAUAGGAAGGGCGAUCUAAGCUGGGCCAACAGCUAAUUAUUCUGUACAGCGAGCAAGCACAUUAGCGAUACUGAUUACGUAACCCCGACCCAUUUGGCCGAGUAAACUGAGCCGGAAUACUAGCGCGUGCUCCGCAAAAUAGUACUACGAUUCCAUCAGCUCGAAUUACAUGUAACGAAUCCUUCGUUGUAUGCUACAGCCGUACCGUGAUAUAGCGGUACGGCAUUGGACCUUGGACAAAAAAAACCUACAUGGAAAAUAAUGUGUUAAUUCAAACAUUCCCAGCCCAAAUAUGUACAUUUCGUUUGAACUGCUGAUUUUUAUCUCAAUAGGAUUUUCUUCUGCGUUUUCAGAUUGUGAACUCAAUGAGAAGUGCGUCGAGCUAUAUAAGUGCCCCCACUUGUAUAAUAAGAAUUCAGACUGGAAAGCAAUCAAACACAGACAGUGCGGUUUCCAUCGACACCACAAAUAUAUCUGCUGCCCGGAACCAGGUUACAUCCUGCCGAUCUGUGGAAAAUGGGAGAAGUGCGUCGAACUAUAUAAGUGCCCUCACUUGUAUAAUGAGAAAACAGACUGGAAAGCAAUCAAACACAGACAGUGCGGAUUCCAUGGAAACGAAAAAUAUAUCUGCUGCCCGGAACCAGGUUACGUCCUGCCAACUGAGACGAUCUGUGGAAAAUUGGGUCCAACGUAUCGAAUUACAGGUGGCAAAGAGGCUCAGCCGAAAGAGAUCCCCUGGAUGGCCCUGAUUCUAUACCGGAAUACAAGAACUUUAAAACCGGAACAGAAAACCCUUUGCGCGGGGUCCCUGAUCAACAACCGCUACGUCCUGACCGCAGCACACUGUGUGAACAGGGCGUAUUUGCUAAAGGACAGCAAGGUCUGGGCCGUUCGCCUGGGCGAGCAUAAGCGAUUCUCCAAUUCAGACUAUAGACAGAUGAAUGGGAAGAUGUCGAAGAGGAUUCCUCCGCAUUUGGAUAUCCACGUGGAGCAUAUAAUCAAACAUAAAGAUUUCGACAAGAGUGGAAAUAUGGAGAACGACAUCGCUCUGCUGAGGCUCCAAGUGCCAGUGCGCUACACCAAGGAAAUCUCUCCAAUUUGUCUACUCGGUGGGCAUAUCUCAUCGAAACCCUACAUAAGCACCACAUUGGAAAUAGCUGGUUGGGGCCGUACUGAAAAGAAUAUACCCAGUGCAGUCUUGAUGAAGUCCAGCAUAAAGGAAGUGAAUGAAGUUUGGUGCCCAACGUACUAUCAAUUCUCGCAGGAAUCACAAAUAUGUGCCGGUGGUGAAGGUGGCAGAGACACCUGUAAGGGCGACUCCGGCGGUCCGCUGAUGGGCACCAUGGGAAAAAUCUACGAAGGAUUCGUGUAUUUAUAUGGCAUUACCUCAUAUGGAGACAAUGAUUGCGGACAGAAUGGCCGGGCAGGUGUUUACACCAAAACGAAAUUCUUUCACGAUUGGAUUAAGUACCACUUGGAACCUUAAAACCUGGCUGAUUAUUUCAAACACUUUUAUAUGUAUUAUCGCCUACACAUGUACCUCCGAUUUCCCAUUCUCCCGUACUACUAACUCGUGUCCAGCUUAAACUUUUUCCAAAACAAAAGUAGACGAAAGCGAUUUUAAUAAGUUGACCUUGGAAAAUUUAAUAGCUUCACUGUUUUUAAACAUAAAGGCAUUAAAAUCGAUAUAUGUAUGUAUAUAGUAAACGACUCAUAAAAUUAA